UGGAGUUGGGGAACACCCGGCAAUUAUCACUGCAGGUGCCCGGUGGCUCCGGGAGCUCGUGUGUGUGUCAAGUUUCCCGGGCCGGACUCCGCACUCUUCUCGCUGGCUACCCUGGGAAUCGCUGGCCGCCACCGCCCAGCCUGCACCCGCCGUCCCCCCAGUGCUUGCGCACCUGUUGGAGGCACAGAGACAGGGGUGCUGCAUGAGGGGCCGCAGGGGUGACCGUAUGAGCAUCAACAUCCAAGAGCACAUGGCCAUCAACGUGUGCCCGGGGCCCAUCCGGCCCAUCCGCCAGAUCUCCGACUACUUCCCCCGCCGGGGACCCGGACCCGAAGGGGGCGGCCGGGGCUUUGGGGAGGUCCCUGCCGGGCUGGCCCCCCUGGCCCUGGCGCCCCCUGCAGCCCUCCUGGGGGCCACCACGCCGGAAGAUGGAGCUGAGAUGGACAGCUAUGAUUCGGAUGAUACCACUGCCCUGGGCACACUGGAAUUUGACCUUCUCUACGACCAGGCCUCCUGCACUCUGCACUGUAGUAUCCUUAGGGCCAAGGGCCUCAAGCCCAUGGAUUUCAAUGGCCUGGCCGACCCCUACGUCAAGCUGCACCUGCUACCUGGAGCCUGCAAGGCCAAUAAGCUGAAAACGAAGACGCAGAGGAACACGCUGAAUCCCGUAUGGAACGAGGACCUGAUGUACAGCGGGAUCACAGAUGACGACAUCACCCACAAGGUGCUCAGGAUCUCCGUGUGUGACGAAGACAAGCUGAGCCACAACGAAUUCAUUGGGGAGACCCGUAUACCCCUGCGCCGCCUCAAGCCUUCACAGAAGAAGCAUUUUAAUAUCUGCCUCGAGCGCCAGGUCCCGCUGGCUUCACCGUCUUCCAUGUCGGCAGCACUGAGGGGCAUCUCCUGUUACCUGAAGGAGCUGGAGCAGGCGGAACAGGGGCCUGGGCUGCUGGAGGAGCGUGGACGCAUCCUGCUCAGUCUCAGCUACAGCUCUCCACGCCGGGGCCUGCUGGUGGGCAUCGUGCGCUGUGCCCACCUAGCUGCCAUGGACGUCAACGGCUACUCUGACCCCUAUGUCAAGACGUACCUGAGACCAGACGCAGAUAAGAAAUCCAAGCAUAAAACAGGUGUGAAGAAGAAGACUCUCAACCCUGAAUUUAAUGAGGAGUUUUUCUAUGAGAUGGAGCUCUCUGCUCUGGCCACCAAGACGCUGGAAGUCACAGUCUGGGACUAUGACAUUGGCAAGUCCAACGACUUCAUCGGUGGCGUGUCCCUGGGGCCAGGCGCCCGGGGAGAGGCCCGGAGGCACUGGAGCGACUGUCUGCAGCAGCCAGACACAGCGCUGGAGCGCUGGCACACGCUGACCAGCGAGCUGCCCCCUGCAGCCGGGGCCCUGCCCUCGGCCUGAGCCGCACAACGGAUGCCCAGCACAGGCCCCUAGGGCCGGGUCCAGCACCCAACCUUCGCACGAGUGUGUUGCACGUUUACACGGGGUGGAUGCCCUGCCCCGCACUACCUGUCUUAUUUUGUGAGGUCUCUGUGACCGUGGGUCUGUCUGCUUGUGAGGGCCGUGGGGAUCUGUACUCACAUAUGCAAACUUCUUCUGCCUGACUCGCUGCUACACCCCAAAUAUGCAAACACCCAUCCUGUGCACACCUGGGGUCCUCCUGCCAGUGCCCCUCCCCCAAGGCCCCAGCUGCUGCUGUUCUCUCCAGCCUCUCCAGGCUGCCCGUCCCUCCACCCACAGGGAGGAGGUCGGAUUAGGGGGGGUUCGGAGGAGGAGCGAGUUUCCAAAAAAGAAAAGGACAAAGAACAAAGAAGAGCCACUCACUCCUUUAAUACAGAAUCUUCAGUUCAAAAACACCACACCACCUAGCCCUGGUCAGCUGCCCUUUUGAAUGGCGGAGGUGGGAUUUGGGGGCGGGGGGCCCAGACUGCAGGGUCUCUGCCUCUGAGGUGAUGCCCCCGCCACGCACUCACGUAACUGUCCCCUGGCUGGGCCCGGGACAUGAGGGUAGGUCCCUGCCCUCCCUGGUCAGGGGUCCACCUCCCAGGGGACAUUUGUGCAUGUUUACUCCUUUUCUGACUGUGUCAGUGGCCACAGCAUGGCAACUGGGCAUCAAUAAACGUUUCUGCGGAA